UUCGUUCCAACUGGCUGUGUGUGCGUUUGUUAGGAGACGAACGCGAGCUUCCCGGGAGGCAGAUUCGAGUCCGCCAGCCGGGCUGAGGCGCCCCUGCGGCCAGCCCCUGCGCUUCUCUGGAGCUCCAUCCCUCCCCUGCUUCAAGGCCGCGGAAAGUGGGGUACUGCGAACGGGAAUUUUUGCGGGAGGCGCUCCUUGCCUUUUUCUCGGAUCCACCAUCUGAGGCUGUCUGGGCUGCCUUUGGGUCUGGCUGCUAUUCUUCGCCGGCUAUGAAGGUUCUGUCUUGAAGAUGGAGACUCUCUGUUUUUUAUUCCUCUCGCUGGUCCCGGUGUACAUCAGGGGACAAGGGGUCUAUGCUCCUGCCCAGGCCCAGAUCAUCCAUGCUGGACAGGCCUGUGUUGUAAAGGAAGAUAACAUCAGUGAACGAGUGUACACUAUCCGGGAAGGUGACACCCUUGUUCUGCAGUGUUUGGUUACAGGGCACCCACGGCCACAGGUGAGGUGGACCAAAACUGCUGGCAGCGCCUCGGACAAAUUCCAGGAGACAUCGGUGUUGAAUGAGACCCUUCUGAUUGACAAGAUCCAGAGGCUGCAGGGGGGUCGCUAUUACUGUAAAGCAGAGAAUGGGGUUGGGGUCCCAGCCAUCAAGUCCAUUCGAGUAGAUGUGCAGUAUUUGGACAAGCCCGUCCUUACUGUCCAUCAAACUAUCAGUGAUGUCCGUGGGAGUUUUUAUCAUGAGAAGACAGUCUUCCUUCGAUGCACAGUCAGCUCCAAUCCACCUGCUCGCUUCAUCUGGAGAAGGGGUUCUGAGACUCUUUCCCAUAGUCAGGAUAAUGGAGUGGAUAUCUAUGAACCAUUGUACACAGAGGGAGAAACCAAAGUUCUGAAACUGAAAAACCUACGACCCCACGACUAUGCCAGUUAUACAUGCCAGGUAUCUGUCAGAAAUGUGUGUGGCAUUCCAGAUAAGACAGUCACCUUCGAGCUUACCAACACAACUGCUCCACCAGCUCUAAAAUUAUCUGUGAAUGAGACUUUAGUGGUAAAUCCAGGGGAUAAUGUUACCCUACAGUGUUUGUUAACAGGCGGGGAUCCUUUGCCUCAGGUACUCUGGUCUCACUCGCCUGGUCCUAUGCCUCUGAACAGCCUGAUUCAAGGGGGCAACCUUACCAUCUGGGGCAUCCAAACAGAAGAUUCAGGUUAUUACAACUGUACAGCCAUCAACAAUGUGGGGAAUCCAGCCAAGAAGACAGUGAACCUAUUGGUGCGAUCCAUGAAGAAUGCAACAUUCCAGAUCACUCCUGAUGUCAUCAAGGAGAGUGAAACCAUCCAGCUAGGUCAGGACCUGAAGCUCUCCUGCCAUGUGGAUGCUGUCCCACAAGAAAAAGUUUUCUACUUCUGGUACAAGAACGGGAAGCUGGCCAAAUUCUCGGAUCGAGUAGUUGUCAUCAAGAAUGACCCAGAACUUCCCCCUGUGACAAGCAGCCUAGAGAUAAUUGAUCUCCGUUUCACUGACUACGGUACAUACUUGUGUGUGGCAUCUUUCCAAGGGGCACCCAUCCCUGACCUCAGUGUUGAGGUGAACAUUUCUUCAGAAACAGUGCCUCCAACCAUCAUGGUGCCCAAGGGUCAAUCCAUCAUUACUGUCCGUGAAGAUUCAAGAGCAGAUUUACAGUGUGAAGUCCGAGGGAAACCCAAGCCUCCUGUCAUCUGGUCUAGAGUUGAUAAAGAGGCUCCUAUGCCUUCAGGUACCAUGACAAUGGAGACCAAUGAUGGGAAGCUGCAUUUUGAGAAGGUGACUCAAAAAAUGAGUGGGAUUUACAAAUGCCAGACAGCGAGAUACAAUGGCUUCAACAUUAGACCCCGCGAAGCCCUGGUGCAACUCAAUGUACAGUUCUCUCCUGUCGUGGAGCCCAUCUUCCAGGACAUUCGGCAAGCCAUGGGACGUAGUGUAACCCUUCGCUGCACCAUGUUAAAGGGAAGCCCUAUGAAAGUGGCUACAGCUGUCUGGAGAUUUAAUGGUAGUCUUCUAACAGUGCCUCCAACAGAGCAGCAAGACUAUUCAGAAUAUAAAGUGGACAGUGUAAGCCGGGAGACUAGUGGCAACUAUGAAUGUAGCAUCUCCAAUGAUGUUGGGGUGGCAGUUUGCAAAUUCCAGGUAUCAGGUAAAGCUUACAACCCAGAAUUUUACUAUGAUACCCCCAAUCCUACAAGGAAGCAAUCCAAAAACUACUCCUAUGUCUUGCAGUGGACACAGAAGGAACCUGAUGCUGUUGAUCCCAUUCUUAGUUACCGUCUAGAUGUCCGUCAGCUGAAUCACAGGGACUUUCCCCCUAAAUCCAUUUCUGUGAGGAAGAUGGAAAAGGGCAUGUUACAGGAAUACCUCCUGACUGACUUGAAGGUGCCUCAAAGCUAUGAAGUUCGCCUGACACCCAUAACCCGGUUUGGGAUGGGGGACAUGGCUACUCGCCUCAUCCACUAUAUAGAACCAAUCAGCUACCCCAACCCAGUAGGUAACACCUGCCACUUUGAAGAUGAGAAGAUCUGUGGUUAUAUCCAGGACACAACAGACAACUUUGACUGGAUUCGUCAAAGCAGUCUAACCCAUGAUCCAAAGCGCACCGCCAACACAGGCCCCACCAUGGAUUUCAGUGGGACACCAGAAGGGUACUACAUGUUCAUUGAAGCCUCUGCACCCCGAGUAAAGGAUGACAAAGCUAGGUUAAUCAGCCCUAUGUACAACAUGACUGCCAGAUUCUGUGUCUCCUUCUAUUAUCACAUGUAUGGGAAGCACAUUGGCUCCUUAAAUCUCCUGGUUCAUGUGAAGAAUAAGCAACCCACUCAAGCCUUGUCACUCAAAGGGGACAAAGGAAAUAUGUGGCAACAAGUACAUGUACCCAUCAACCCUGCAGGACCUUUCCAGAUCAUCUUUGAAGGUGUCCGUGGGACAGGUUCUGAGGGAGAUAUUGCCAUUGAUGAUGUUACUCUAAAAAAAGGUGAUUGUCCAAGAAAACCAAUUGUCCCAAAUAAAGCAGUUGCCCUUCCAGGAAAUUCUGCUGUCACCCAACACACAUCUUCUCUCUGCGGACCGCUCCUUUUCUUUCUUUAUGUACUGCUCAGAUGAUAGCAAGUGAAUGUUCCUGUUGUCUGAGACAUUCCUCCUCCUUUCCGCCUUGGUCACCCUCUGCUCCUCUUUCUUCCCCUCCUCACUGGCACACCAAAGUGUCCAUAUGUUACCAAAGACUAACAUGCAUGACCACGCGAAGGGGAUCCAGCUAAGAACCUGAGGGAUUCCUGGAGGAAGUCAUACUGUCUAAAAACAAGAUAUAUAUAAAGAAGAGGCAAAAAAACAAAGAAAAAAAGAGGGAGGAAGCAAUGGAAAGAAGAAAUGGAAACAAAGGAUGAAAAGCAAUGCUGAGGAUGAAAAUGAUAUUUAAAAGGAUCAGUGGAAGGGGAAGGCAUGUUUCUUUAAGAACAGUGGACAAGACUUCCUCAGGGAAGUAGGAACUUUUGUUUAAAACAAAAACGAAAUAUAUUAAAGCACAAAUUUCUACCAGAACUGUUACCUUCUUGGCUGCAGAACCACAGUUUAGAAGAUAUUCUAGCGUACACAGUGCUAUCCUUUGGAAUCUCUGUGUUAAGACUUCUCCCUUACCGGUUUUGCCUACAACACGUCUACUGCAGCACCACCUCAUACUUCUCCAACUCAUCUCUGGUGACUACAGAACCUUGUCCUCACUUGCAUGUAUUUCUGAGUCUUCAUAUGCAUUUUUAAGAUUCUCUUGUACUUACUUGUCCAUCUACAAUUUGCCUUGACCCAUCCGUCCCCAACUUCAACUCAGCAAAGCAAAGAAACAGACCUCUUGUGGAUUAUGGAGAUGAAUGGAGAAAUCUAGGGCAAACAUAAGCUGCAGGAUCAGCUGUGGACAUCCUUUACCUACCCACCUCUUUUCUCCUUUUUCAGGCUGCUCACUUCCCUCCUUUAGUACUUAUUUUUUCUACCAUCCCAGAGACAGAUUGUCAAUACAGCACAGAGACUAAAAGAAAAGGCUUCUUGUUUGAGGACCAAAGUAAAGAGCUGAGUAGUGACAUUGCAGUCAGUUACUAUCAAAGCAUGAGCUUCAGAAGCCUUAAGGCAAGGAUCUCCUCCAUCUUUUGUUGUUGUCAUUGCUGCUGCUAAUCUAUCUAUUUCCCAUUUCCUUUUUGUAAUUCAGUCCUUACAGCCCCACUUUUUUUUUUUAACUACAAGGGGAAUCAUACAGAUGCACCCUUAUGACAUCUGAAAUUGCAAUAUUUCCUUGUCAGUUGCAAUACUUAUCCUUGGCAUAUUAUUAAUCAAGGAUGCUGAUACCAUGGUGCUUGAUUUGCUACUAAAGGAUUCGGCAGCUGUAUUGCAGCUGCACAAUGAGAUGAUAGAAAUGGAAGCAGAAAAUAAAAUUGGCCCUACGUAAAGGAACCGGGAUAGGCAGACUGUUCUAGUUUUGAAAAAAAAAAAAUACAGGUAGUCCUGGUUUAGCAACCACAAUUGGGACUGGCAACUUGGUUGUUAAGCAAAGCAGUCACUAAAUGAAACCACAACUGUGCUUAUGAUCUUACUUCAGCUUUCCUUUGCUUUAUAGGCCUGUGAAGGUCAUAAAUGUGAGGAUUGGUCGCAAAGUUACUUUUUCAUCACUGUAAAUGAUUGCUGUAUGAGGCAGUCGCUAAAUGAGGACUACCUGUACUUAGAUUUCAGUCAAUGCAGAAAGAGAGAGGAAAAAAACACUGUUUUCAGGGACACCACAUUAGCACUGUGAGAGGAAUGUUUUCUCAGGAAAGCACACUUGCACUUGGCAGUUCUGAGCCUGCAAGAUCAUUAAGGUCAGCUCUAAAUCACUAUACGAGGAAGAACUGGUCUACCUAGUAGGUGGAAGUUACAACAGCAAUGACAUGCUCUGCAUAAAUCUUACUUGGUCCCUAAGACUUCAAGCAGCAUACACUUUUCCUCCAUCCACUGUCUUCCACACCAAGUUGCUAGCAGACAUGCUGGACUACAGCUCUCAGCAUUUUCAGCUGGCUGAGAAUUCUAGCAUUUGCAGUCCAACUUGCUUUGAGAGCAUUAGGCUGGGGAAAGCUGGUCUAGCAGUUCAAAUACUUGCUAAAUGCUGCUUCCAGCUGCUUCAAAACUCCCAUCAAGAAGAACAAGAUAGCUUUUUGUUUGGAAAUAAUGACCAUAUGCCUAUGCAUAGGUAGAUUAAAUGUUUAGUAGCCUGAGCACAUUGUUAGUCCUCUAGUGGACUGGAGGAUGGUAGCAGAGAGCAAGCAGUGUGAUGGGGGAGUGUGUGGUGAUGUUUCUGUGGGUCUGUCUGUGUUCUCUGGAUGUACAAACAUACUAACAGGAUGAAGGGUAGCUAAUGCUAACCCAGAUUCUGAUUUGUAUAAAGUUCUCUUAUUUAAUUUUGACCUGAUUACAUACUUUCUUCCUCACAGAAGGCACAGGUGAGUUUAUCAUUCCCACCAGGCCAGAGAUACAAAGUUUUAGAUUGUUCAUUGUAAAAAGCUAUCUGUGAAAGAAUUCUCUUCUACUUAUCUCUCACUAAAAGAAAAAUAGUGGAGAGUGGUUUGCAAAAGUGGCAUCCCUUAAUAAUAGCCUCCAAAAUCCUUUCCAUGACUGGUAUUGAUAUAUUUCCUUCUAAAAGGUGGAAAUGGCCUCAGCCUUUUCUUCUGUUUUCAGCUGCUGAACCCAUUGAGGUCAGGUACUGGGAAUGUUCUCCUUAUCAAACACUUAAACAUUAACUUCUGCCAACUGUCAGCAGAGUCUAAAGGCAGAGUUAGGUAACCAGGAGGCACAACCUGGCCACUGGGAAACUCAUCACGAGUAACAUGGUAUAGAGAUCUCUCCAGCCUCCAACUUCACAAAUUAGCCUAGCCCACCAAUCCCACCAUCUCCCCAGGAUUUCAUAGUGCCUCAGGUUUCUGAACCCAGGCUUAGAACAGUAGGUCAUUUUUUAAUGGAAAAGUUCCACUGAGUCUAUGAUUUGACAAAGAUGGGUUCUCUAUAUAAUGGGGUGUUCUCUGUAUCUGAGCAUUACCUGUGCUGCAAAAGUCAUUCCAUUUGGGCUCAAAAAAAGAAUGAGCUUCCGAAAGGGAGGAUGCAACAUAACUCUUGGUUAUUCUGGGCCACCUGUGUAUCCUCAGCACUGAAGCAGCUCAGUGCAACCCUCUCCUCAUUCUCCUUAGGAGUAAGUGUCUGUGUU